CCCACCUGGGAAAUGCAAGGGGGGCCCAUGUGAACCUCUUUGUGCUUCCCAGAGAUUUGCGUCUGCAGCGAUGCCGGAGCGGGCUGUUCCUCUCGCCGGGGGAGCCCCGUCUUAAAGGUGCACCCUUGGGGAAGGGGGGAGGGGCUGGGGAAGGAAGUGCAACCCCCCAAACCCCCACCCUCUCCCAGGGGGGCCCAGCAAGGGUGCCCCCACCCCCCAAAAUAAUUGCAAGCAAAGCUCCCCUGAGCCGCCUCCCCGCCCCUCCCUUUCCAUAGCAGCAAAAGAAAACUUUUAUGCUAAUAGCUUGCAAAUUCUUUUCGAACAACACUCUGUUUCCCUCUCCUCCCUUCCUGGUGUUUGCAAUCUUUUUAAUAUAUAUAUAUAUAUAUAUAUAUGAAACUUCAGAGAUCCGUUUGGAGGGGAGGUUGUUGAUGGUUGGGAUUCUGGCUGGAGGUUUAUGGGGGAAGAGGGGGGGUCUCCUCCAGCUUUCCAGAUUUUAAUCCUUUAAUCCCCCGUGGGUCGCUGUUGUCAAAUAAAUUCUUUGUAUUCUUCCCCUGGCUGGUUCUGUUUGCUUUUCCUGGCAUUAGAGGGGGGGAACCCCAAUCUUGCCACUUUCCCCCCUUUAUUAAAAAUAAAUAAAAUUCUGUUGGGGUGUACCCUUUAACAGCUUUUUCCAUGAGGAAGUUCUUCAGGUGGGGCAAAAUGGAGAAGAAGGCUGUGUACACACCAGGCAGUUAAAGCACAUCACAUCACACACACACACCCCCAAAAAAGAAAUUGUACUUUAUUAUGAGUGCCAACAAUUGAAGGUUUGGGAGGGGUGAGCUACCGUUCGCAGGAUUCUUUGUCGGGGAGAAGUGAUGAUGUGCUUUAAACAUAUGUUUUGUAUGCAGCCCAAGUCAUGUGGAAAAAACUUAUUUCCCCUUCCUCUCUCCCUUCCAUUUUCUUCUUGCUCUAUUUUUUUGUACAUUCGUGAGGGUAUCAGGGCGGUUUUACGCAAUCCCGAUUUCAGUACGGUUUGUGCCUGAAAAAGUUUCAGGGCUUUGUUUACAAUCGGUAUGAUUCUUGUAACAUCCUGCUGAAAUCCUGUAACUUUGCAUACCACAGAUGUUGGUGUGUGGGGUGUGUGUGUGUGUGUGUGUGUGUGUGUGUGUUGUUGGUCCUGUUUUUGUUGGGCUAUAUGCAGGAGCAUCCCUCAAGACAACAGUGAUGCAAUGCCAUUAGGGAAUUGUCACAGAACCACUAAUAAAAUGGACUGAUGUGCAGGCGGUCCAGUAUGAAGCUGCUUGUCUGUUUUUUCCCAUAAAAUUUAUACACCUCUUGAUUGCAAGAAAAUAUCAAAGCGGUUUGCAAAUUGGCCAUUGAUGUGCUGUUAUUGCAUCAGUGACCGCUGUGCUGGUUUGCCAGUUCGAUUCCGGGUCCGAUUCAAGGCCAUAAGUGUCAUCUAGUCCAACUCCCUGCAAUGCAGGAAUCUUUUGCCCAAUGUGCUGCUCGAACCCACGACCUUGAGAUUAAGAGUCUCAUGUUCUACGUACGAAGCUAUCCCAGCUUCCAGGUGUUUGCGUUAGUGUUUAAAACCCUGCGUGGCUAAGGCCCUGAACUCCCUGAAAGAUUUCUGUAAAAUAAAUUCUCCUCCCAAUGCAAAUCUCUUUUCAUGUGAUGCGUGAGCACCCGACAAAUGCAGAACUUUUUGAAAGCUGCCUUAAUAGAAAUGAAGGAGAAUUUGAAUCCUCAGAUACGAUCUUCCAAGGGCCCCUUUAGUAAUUUCAUUUGGAUAUCUUAGAGGCCUAACAUAUGAGAAAGACCUGGAAAUGGUUGCUCAAUUUACAAUGGCAGCUAGAAUGCUAAUCUGUCAGAACUGGAGAAAUCCCAAACAACAAUCUGAAGAUAUUAAUAAUUUUAAUCAAAGAAGGGAAGUAACAUAUCCAUAAUCUUUAAUCGCUGUGUUAUGUUUGCUUAUAAAACUUAAUAAAUACAACGAGAAAAAGAAAAAUAUGGGAAAGAUGAAUAAUGACAUAUUUGUGCAAUAUACCGUAUUUUUUGCUCUAUAAGACUCACUGUUCCCCUCCUAAAAAGUAAGGGGAAAUGUGUGUGCGUCUUAUGGAGCGAAUACCGGCUGCGCAGCUAUCCCAGAAGCCAGAACAGCAAGCUUUCACUGCGUAGUGAUCCCUCUUGCUGUUCUGGCUUCUGAGAUUCAGAAUAUUUUUUUUCUUGUUUUCCUCCUCCAAAAACUAGGUGCGUCUUGUGGUCUGGUGCGUCUUAUAGAGUGAAAAAUACGGUAUUUAGUCAUAUUUAGACACUUUUUAAACAUCAACAUAAAAACCACAAUAUAUAUAAUCAGAAUAAAAACAACAACCCAAUAACACCCCCCUCAAAAAGAGCCACAUUUUAAAAGGGCACAGGAUGUAUCUAUAAACCUUAAUAAAAUGUAUUUUAAAAAACUAUAAACCUUAAUAAAAGUUAUUUUUAAAAAUGAAAUGUUUAGGAGGAAUCUCAGAACCCAGAUGGCGUGUUGGCUGAAUUGAGAUUUCCAAUGACAGGAAGGUGAUAGAUAUUUCACAGCUUUCACGUUUUCUUCACUCCCAUCUCCCAUGACUAAGGAAGCCCAAAUUGUGCAAAGAUGAUAAAAUAUCAGAAUAAAAUGUGCAAAGUGAGAGAGAUGAUGAUGCCAUUUGGCACAGUUUAUAGAGAGCUUACAGACCUCAGGACUUUCGUAGGUACAGCAUUUGGAUUGGCUUGAUGCAGACUUGUAUUUGAGGAAGGAGCGUAGCUCAGUGCUAGAGCACCUGCUUGGCGUUCAGAAGGUCUCAAGUUCAGUCCCCAGUAUCUCCGGUUGUCCUGGGAAUACCCCCUGCCUGCAACCAGGGAGAGCCUCUGCCAGUCAGUGUAGACAAUACUGAGCUAUAUGGACCAAAGGUAUAAGUUCCUAUUUAAACAGAACAUUGUUUAAACCAGGAGGACUAGAAUUUUACUUUUUAUUUAAGAGAAGGCGUCGCAGCUCAGUGGUAGAGCCUCUGCGUUGCACGCAGAAGGUCUGUGCAAGAAGGAGACGCUUAAUUGCAAAGAUGUGUGUGGAUCUGGGCUUUAACCUCUGUUUAUUUUGGAUUGUUGCUAGUAAGCACAAGCAUUUUCAUUACAUUUGUGUAAUUGCCUUGUAGGUCACAGCGGUCCAUCUCGUAACACUCAGUGCAGGCAGCAGUGAGCCACAUGGACCAGUGGGCUGGCGCUGCGUAAGCAGGGCUGGAUUGCACAAUAGGCAGGAUCAGCACAUGUCGAGGGCCCUGCAGGGAAAGAAAGAGAUUUUUUUGUAAAGAAGAAAUCGACUUGAAAGAAAACACAUCAAAGUUGUCUUAACGGAAAAACACCAGAACCUGUUAGAUAUCCUUACACUUCAUUCCCCACCCCCACCCCGGUGUUCGAAAUUCCCCAGGCGUGUUUUGCUCCUGGCGUGGGCCCAACUGGAGAUUUCUGGGCCCCAAGUUGGUGAACACAGUUUAAAAGCUUCCGUAGUUAAUUCCAUUUCCAUUUCCCCGUGUGUGUUUCUUGCAUACUGGGACGAGUGAACUGUUGUAAGAGCGAGUUGUAGCUGAGAGAAUUGUGGCGUUGGAAGGGAUCCUGAGGGACGUUCCACUGGGGCAAAUAUAACCUAGAUUUAAAGUGUGGUUUGGUGCCUAGCUUAUAUUUCUUUAGCUCCCAACACUACUUCCCUCGUUUUUCUCUUUUCAGUGCUUAGCCCCACCUAAACCAGGAGACCUCCUACUAAUGUAAACUGAAAUAAUGCGAGGAGAUCAGAUUCUGCCAUGUGCUGCUAUAAAUCUACUUUGUUUUAAAAUCAUAUUUUAUGAUUUAGUGUUGGUUUUAUUUUGUAUUGUAUACGGGGCCCACCAUAAUCUUUCCCUUCCUCUCAGGGUUUUUAAUGAAGCCCUUUGUACAAGGCAGGUUCUUGUGUUAUAUAAGUUUGUGGGGUCCUCUGAACUUAUCUGAACCAUAGCUGUCAACUUUUCCCUUUUUUAAAGGGAAAUUCCCUUAUUCCGAAUAGGAUUCCUCGCAAGAAAAGGGAAAAGUUGACAGCUAUGAUCUGAACAUCAGUUUCAAACUCUGCAUGUGAAACUGCUCGGCUUACCACACCUGCUUUCCAUUUCUGAGGGAGAAGGAGAUGGUUUUCAGUCCCUGCCCGCAGCGUGGAAGGAAACGGUUUUCUUCUUCUUUUUCUUCCAGGGGCUGGUGGAAGAAAAGGCAGCCGUGCACCUCACCAAGGAGAAGUGGGGCCUGCUGGAUCUGAACCAGAGGUCAUGCUGGAGAUUCAUGACUUGGUGACCUCUCUGGGUGAGGAUCCCUUUCCCCCGUAGCCAGGAUACUAAGGUCCUGCUGUGUCCGGCCUCACAGCCUUGCUAGUCCAACAUCCUGUUCACAGAAUCAUAGAAUUGUAGAGUUGGAAGGGACCCAUAGCUGUCAACUUUUCUCUUUUCUUGUGAGGAAUCCUAUUCGAAAUAAGGGAAUUUCCCUUAAAAAAAGGGAAACAUUGACAGCUAUGAAGGGACCCCAAGGGUCAUCUAGUCCAACCCCCUGCAAUGCAGGAAUCUCAGCUAACGCAUCCAUGACAGACGGCCACCCAACCUCUGCUUUAAAACCUGCAAGGAAGGAGAGUCCACAACCUCUGAAGGGAAGCCGUUCCACUGUUGAACAGCUCUCACUGUCAAUAAGUUCUUCCUGAAGUUUAGUCGGAAUCUCUUUCCUUGCAACUUGAAGCAGCUUGUUUGAAUCUUACCCUUCGGAGCAGGAAAAAACAAGCUUGCUCCAUCUUCCAUGUGGCAACCCUUGAGAUAUUUAAAGAUAGCUAUCACAUCUCCUCUCAGUCCCUUAUCUUCCAGGCUAAACAUACCCAGCUACCUUAACCUUCUCGGGCCUUCUCGGUAGUGGCGCCCACCCUGUGGAACGCCCUCCCAUCAGAUGUCAAGGAAAUAACAACUACAGUGGUGCCUCGGGUUACAGAUGCUUUAGGUUGUGCAUUUUCGGGUUGCGCACCGCGCCGAACCUGGAAGUACUGGAAUGGGUUACUUCCGGGUUUCGGUUGCACUGCGGGUUGCGAACGUGCCUCCUGCACGGAUCACGUUCGCAAUCCAAGAUUCCACUGUAUCUGACUUUUAGAAGACAUCUGAAGGCAGGCCUGUUAAGGGAAGUUUUUAAUGUUUGAUGUUUUAUCCUGUUUUUAAUAUGCUGUUGGGAGCCGCCCAGAGUGGCUGGGGAAACCUUGUACAGUCAUAAAAAGGUAAAGGAACCCCUGACCAUUAGGUCCAGUCACGGAUGACUCUGGGUUGCGGCGCUCAUUUCGCUUUAUUGGCCGAGGGACCCGGCGUCCAGCUUCCGGGUCAUGUGGCCAGCAUGACUAAGCCACUUCUGGCGAACCAGAGCAGUGCACGGAAACGCCGUUUACCUUCCCGCCGGAGUGGUACCUAUUUAUCUACUUGCACUUUGACGUGCUUUUGAACUGCUAGGUGGGCAGGAGCAGGGACUGAGCAACGGGAGCUCACCCCGUCACAGGGAUUCAAACCACUGACCUUCUGAUCAGCAAGCCCUAGGCUCUGUGAUUUAACCGACAGCGCCACCCGCGUCCCUCUGUACAGUCAUACCUCGGGUUAAAUAUGCUUCAGGUUGAGCGUUUUCAGGUUACGCUCCGUGGCAACCUGGAAGUAAUGGAAUGUGCUACUUCCGGGUUUCACCACUCAAAAUGACGUCACGCGCAUAUGCAGACGUGGGUUGCGUUCACUUCAGGAUGUGAACGGGGCUUCGGAAUGGAUCCCGUUCGCAUCCAGAGGUACCACUGUAUCUCACUCCUACACUGGGUAAUCUGAGCUUGUUCCCACUGUGCUCUCUGCUCUAUCACUCUCAAAGCCUGUCUAGUCUUAGGCGAAGGGGGGUCAGGAAUGCUUUCCAAGGACACUGAAUCUGCCAGCUGUCUCUCUCCUGGUGUUUCCUUUUCUAGCUGCUCCUCACCCAGUAUUUCCCAGCUUUUCCCCUCUGGACUAUGCCCUUCUGCAAACCACUGUUCUAAAUCAAUACUGUCCUCCUGCCCUUGGGAAGGUUCAGGAAAGGGGGGGGGGGGGCUCCCACCACUCUUCCUCAGUCCAGACCCUGACAUUACUGCGUCUCUAUUUCAAGAUGGACAUGUGAGCUCCAGACCUGACCUCAUCUCCUGGCUGGAAGAAGACAGAAAAGACCUCUUUGCCAAAGGCUCCAUGGAAGAGAUCAGAUCCACAGGUGGGUGUGUCUCUGAGGCCACGCCAGCCCCUGGCACUUAAAUCAGCAUCGUGCCACUUUAAGCCAACAAGAAAUAAUAGCGAUGGCAAUAACAUACUUGCUUCGUAUCUCAACCUGAAAUCUUUGGGCGCCUUAACGGAUCCCAGCAAAAAGGACUCAAUAUAAGAAAUACAGGGCAGGAUUCAACUCACAAGUCCCGAUAGUGGAAACUCAUAACAGGGACUUUUGCUCGCAGAAUGGGACGGUCCCCUCCCAUGCCCCCCCCCCCGCGCCAAUUGGCUCAAUUGACACAAUUAAAUAAUUAUAUGUAAAAUGACUAUUAUUGCUAAUUAAUAGUCACAAUUCCACGUUCUGUGUAUGAUAAUUAAAGAUUUCUAGUAAUGAUACUCAUAAUUCCACAUUUUACCUAACGUAAAUAAACACCGCUAAACUGUUUAUAUUUAGGUGAAAGAAUCACAAAAACCAACUGGAUGCAAAACACGAAAAUAUAUCAAAAUUCCUAAAAUGCAACAUCGUUACAAUACAGCAUUUUUUAUUUUAUUUUUUGCAAAUACUAAAUCUAAAAAUAAGGUAUUUAAAAUAUAUUUGCUUACAUAUUGUGUGUGUGUUAUUUAUAUUAAUAUUUUACAUUAAUGUAAAAGUUCACCUUUUCCCUGUAAGAGCUUUGAUGGAAGCAGAAGACUCCUGUCUGUUUGCAGGGAUUUGUGGAUAUUUGAUGCUGCUUUUGUCAAUCCAGCAAGUAGUUACCUUUUUUUAACCUGUUUGUUAGUGUUUCUGCCUUUCUGGAAAUAGAACUGAGUUUUCAGGUAUUUCUCUCUCUCCUCUUUCUCUCCUUCCCUCCAUAUCUGGAUCCCAAAGGUGCCAGAUCUCUGAAGAAGAUCAAGGUGGAGAGCUUCCCGGACGAAGCUCCCGUGAUCAAGGAAGAGUAUGAGGCUCUGCCAGAAAGAUGCCAAGAGAAUAUUUCUUUCCCCAGUGAGGCCGGUGAGGAAGGUGAGUCCCAGUUGCCGCCACAACACUGGGGUGGACCGGAUAGUAAUUAUUAUUAUUAUUAUUAUUAUUAUUAUUAUUAUUAUUUCUUAUUAUUUCUUAUUUAUACCCUGCCCAUCUGGCUGAGUUUUCCCAGCCACUCUGGGCGGCUCCCAAUCAACUGUUAAAAACAAUACAGCAUUAAAUAGUAAAAACUUCCCUAAACAGGAUAGCAAGUACAUUCAGCAUAAGGAUGGAAUUAUGGGGGCACACAGGAAUUAUGUCGAGCUCCUUCAGGAUAAGGGUGGGAAAACGAGCGAGGUCCCAGCCAAAGAAAAGUGGCAACAUAAGUUGAUGGAAUACGCACAGCUUGCAGACUUAACAUAUAGAAUAGGAGAACAAGAAGAACAUACAUUUAGAGAAGAUUGAGAAAUGUUUAUUAAAUAUAAACACUGAAAACACUGGCAGCAUUAAGAUAAAUUCAACAGUGUAAAUAAGUUUUGAUGGAUGUAAUAAUGGAAAAUGAUUGAUACAGCUUUAGUAAAAUAUGCAGGGAUAUAAUAUAGGUAAAAUGAACCAUGGAAAGAGAAGAAGGGAAGUCAUUGGUAUCUUAAGGAUGCAAAAAUGAGUACUUUAAAUUUUAAAACAGAAAAAUUAAUUAAAAAUUUACACACACACACACAGAGAUACACAUAAAGGAAUUAUGGCUAGCUUCUUCAGGAUAAGGGUGGGAUAGACAGACAGACAAACAGACAGAUAGGAACAUUUUGCCAUGGUUAAAUAAAGAAAAAAAGUGGAAAAGUACUUAAAAUUGUUAUACAUUACAAGAUGGAGUAAUGUUAUUAUUCCAAUGAGUAUUCAAUUAAUAUCAAGUCACUAAAAUUUUUCUGUUGUAUGUCCACAAACUCUGGUGUUAACGAUCACACUGCAGAUUUGCGUAACACAAUUUCCUUGGUUUUUUUUGGGGGGGGGGGGAAUAAUUUUUAUUAGAUUUCAGUUACAAUAAUUGAGUAAAAGCCUCAUUAUAACAAUGCCAAAUUAUAAUACCAUUAAUAAUGCCAAUCGUUCAAAAGCCAAAUUAUAUAAUUUAGGUGGGCCCCCGCAUGCUAGAAUUGAUGGUUUGAUGAUUUACUUUAUUUCCGCGUUCCAAAAUCUUACAAUUUUUUUUAACACUCGUCAGAAUAACACACCCUUGUACCUCAACUGCAAUUUUAACGACUUCCACUCACAUUAGCACAUCAAAUGAUUUACAGUCCUACAGGUGAAGCAUUCAAACUCUUUGUUCUUCUUGCGUGUGGUAAUUAUUCUGUCCAUGAUGUUUCUUCCUGUUCUUUAAUAUAUUAUGUCUAUGAGGUGAAUUUUAUUAUUUCGGUCACAGACCAGUUCCAGCCCACAUACAAUAUCGAGGAAGUCAUAAAACACGAUAGAGAUACAUUUGAAUUUGCAAGUACCGUAUUUUUCGCUCCAUAAGAUGCACUUUUUUCCUCUUAAAAAGUAAGGGGGAAUGUCUGUGCGUCCUAUGGAGCGAAUGUGUGGUCCCUGGAGACAAAUUGCUGGAGUACGGCACGCUCUUGGGCCGCUCUUUGGUGGUGGUGGUGGGGGAGCUGCGCUCCUCUGCCGGCAGCCUCGGCUUCCCCCUGCAGCCCCAGGAAGCUUUGGAGCAGCGGGAAGGCUGUGCACCCAAGCCCCACACUCCUGGGCUGCUGAAUGGGGGUGGGGGGUGCUGCUCUGCCAGCAGCCUGCCCUUUCCCCUCAAGGUUUGGAGCAGUGGGCAGGCUGUUCGCUGAGAGAGGGGAGGAAGAGGACGGAGAAGAGGGGGACCAAGAAGCUGGGUGAAGGGAGAGGAGGUACCAUAGGUUGCCGUGAGUGGAGAGUCAUGGUAGAGGGCAAAGGAGGGAGCAGCGAAGGGGAGAAAUUGCAGGCGUCACCUGAGGAGUUUGGGCGAAAGGGAUGGAGAGGAGGAGGCUGGGAAAGGGGACUCUGCUGCUUGGGGAGGCGGAGAAAAAAGUGGGGAGAAGGAAAGGAAAGUAUUUUACAUGAAGAUAGCGAAGAAAGUGAUGUCAGUGAUUGUGAGCAACUGAGCUUCAUAAAUUAUGACUCUAGCAGGGAUGAGUUCUUGGGGUUGACAGAAGACUAGACGAGUACCUUAAAGUUUCUCUUCAUUUGUUAAUGACAGUGAUGGUGGUUCUUAAUGCCAUUGUUGACUGCUGUUCACUUUACAUGGCUGUAAUAUGAUUCUGAGAUACUGGUUGUUUAUUAAAUACAGUAGUUUAUACAACAUUUGAUUCAGAAUAUUUUUUUUCUUGUUUUCCUCCUCUUAAAAACUAGGUGCGUCCUAUGCUCGGGUGCGUCCUAUAGAGCGAAAAAUACGGUAAUUGUAAUAUAUUCUGUCUUUCUUCUCCCUUCCUUCCUUGUAACCCAAGCGCACCUGCUGAGCCGCGCCUCCGACCCCGGUUUCCCCGAAGGCAUGUCCCUCUCGAGCAGCGGCCGGAAAGGGCGAGGCGUCUCCUGGAGGCACCAGGAAAUCUUGGACCUCUUGGACAUUUGGGGGGAGCCGAAGAUCCAGGAGCAGCUGCGUGCCAGUCACCGCAACAUCGAGGCCUUUGAGAUCAUCGCCCGCAAGAUGGCCUGCCGCGGCCACCGGCGCAACGCCGUGGAGUGCCGCUCCAAGACCAAGUGCAUGAGGCUGGAGUACCAGCGGGUCGUGAACCACAACUCCCGGACGGGGAAGCACACGGCCACCUGCCCCUACUACGCAAAGCUGCACAGCAUCCUCCACAACGGGGACGCGGCCGUCCGGCCCAAGCGCAUCCCCAGGAACAUUAAAAAAAAGACAAGAGCUUCGGCGCCGCUCGCCAAGGAGGCUGCCGCUCCCGAGCGCGCCGUGGAACUUUGUGCCCAGGAUGCGCAAGCAGGAAGUGCAGAGGAGUACAUGGUGAAGCAAGUUCUUGUACCUGGUGGGCAGAAUUCGUCUUAUUAGGGACAAAGGAAUGUGGGGAGCUGCCUUAGACAGGGGUACCUUGGGUUAAGGACUUACCGUAUUUUUCGCUCCAUAAGACGCACCUUUUCCCUCCUAAAAAGAAGGGAAAAUGUGUGUGCGUCUUAUGGAGCGAAUGCAGGCGGGAGGCAGGUGGGAAAAGCCCCCAAAAGUCGCACACACACUCCAAGUGGCUCUUGGGGGCUUUUCCCCGAGGAGGGAGAAGGGACUGACUGGCUUUUAGAGGGGGAAUGCAAGAAAAAAAAAAUUUUUAAGGGAGCGCUGAGCAGAGUGUGGAAUGCGUACAGGCUCUGCUCAGUGCUCCCUUUAAAAAAAUUUUUUUUCUUGCAUUCCCCCUCUAAAAACCAGGUGCGUCUUAUGGAGCAAAAAAUACGGUGAUUCGUUCUGGAGGUCCGUUCUUAACCUGAAACGGUUCUUAACUUGAGGUACCACUUUAGCUAAUGGAGCAUCCCGCUGCCGCCGCACGAUUUCUGUUCUCAUCCUGAAGCAAAGUUCUUAACCUGAGGUACUAUUUCUGGGUUAGCGGAGUCUGUAACCUGAAGCAUCUGUAACCCGAGGUACCACUGUACAGAUCCAGCUGUCUGCAACUGCCUCACGGGAGCCAGACUUGCCAGAGAUGACUUGCUGUCCUCAUUAGGCCUGACACUCCUGUGCUGAUCCUGUUUUUUUACUAAUAAAGAGUUAACUGCACUUGCUAGGUGUGGUUUACUGCUGGCCCGCUCCUGUCAGUAUGCUCUUCAGAAUUAAACUUCUCGCAUGGUCUGAGUGAAUCAUGCCUCACAUUUAGAGAAGAGCGUUUAUUUAUUCAGAUCCCAACAGCCCCAGCCAAGGGAUAGCUCAGCUGGCAGAGCAUCAGACUCUUCAUCUCAGGGUCUUGGGUUUGAGCCCCACGUUGGGCAAAAAGAUUCCUGCAUUGCGGGGGUUGGACUAGAUGACCCUCAGGGUCCCUUCCAGCUCUGUGAUUCUGUGCAAAGCAUGGCCAGCGGUUGCAGAUAAUGGGAGCUACAAUAUCUCGAGAGCUACAGCUCCCCAACCCUGUUUCUAUAUGCUUUAACUUAAUUUUGCCCGAUUUUCUUUUCUAAAAAAUUAUUAUUUCUCCCUAGGAGAUGGUCAUAGCGAAGAAAAGGCCAUAGAAGAAAGCAUUGAGACGUGCAUCGUUGGAGAUCGCUCUGGUGAGUGCUGUUGGCAUCAAUAAAUGUCAAGCGAGUAGCUGCUUGGGCUGCAUCCACUCAGCUGUGGGUGAGAGAGUGUCCGUCAGUUAAUUCAUUCCCCACCCGUCCGCCCCCAAACAGACUGCCUUUCCCGUUUAAUAGAUGCAGCCUCCAGCGGAAUAGGGGUGGAAAUGGAACCCGACCAGGCAGACACAGAGGUGGAGAAGGAACAAGGUAUGGGUUUCAAGAUCAUUGGUAUUUUCUACACUCGAUUAUUGUGGGACUAUACUUGGUGCCUGUUGUCUUUGUCCAUGGAGUUUUCUUGGCAGGGAUACUGGAGUGGCUUGCUGGUUCCUGCUCCAGGUAGAUCCCGCUUGGUCAAAACUCUCCAGUAUGACCUGUCCAUCUUGGGUGGCCCUGCAGGGCAUAGCUCAUAGCUUCUCUGAGUUAUUCAAGCCCCUUCGCCACGGCAAGGCAGUGAUCCAUGAAGGGGAUCUUCUUGGGAGAAAAGCAAUGACAAACCUAGACAGCAUCUUAAAAAGCAGAGACAUCACCUUGCCAACAAAGGUCCGUAUAGUUAAAGCUCUGGUUUUCCCAGUAGUGAUGUACGGAAGUGAGAGCUGGACCACAAAGAAGGCUGAUCGCCGAAGAAUGGAUGCUUUUGAAUUAUGGUGCUGGAGGAGACUCUUGGAGGCAGUGGAAGACCGGAGUGCCUGGCGUGCUCUGGUCCAUGGGGUCACGAAGAGUCGGACACGACUAAACGACUAAACAACAAUAAUCCUUGGUGCAGAAUGCUGCAGCUGGACUGUAGGUGGGAACAAGCUACAGUCAAACCUCGGUUGUUGAACAUAAUCCGUUCUGGAAGACCGGUCAGUUUCCGAAACGUUCGACAACCGAAAACUGAAAACGGAAGCCUCAAUACAAUAGGGAAACUCAAAAUGGAAGCUGUGCAGCACGUUCGGCUUCCGAAAAUCGUUCGACAACUGGAGCAUUUACUUUCAGGUUUUCGGCAUUUGGGGGCCAAACAGUAUGAUAACGGAGGCGUUGGGGAACCGAGGUUUUGCAGUACAACCGGCACCUAACUUGGAUGUUUCCAAAGCUUGUACUGGCUGCUUUGUUCUAUCGGGCUCAAGGAUCUUGUAUUAGUUUGCAAGGCUCUUAACAACUUCGAUCCAGGAUACAACCAGGGCAGCCAAGAUCGGUUCAGCUGACCGAGCCUUUGGUGUGGAAGGCAUUUGCCUAUGGAACUCCUUGCUAAUGGAAGUUCAGCAGGAACCACACCUGCUUUCUUUUAGAUGUCUUUUAGACAGCAAUUUUGUUUGGAACUUUUUCGCACCCCAAACCAACCAAUUUCUGUUGAUGUUGUAUUAUUAUUAUUUUCUAUGUUGUGAACCAAUUUGUUUUAAAUAGAGGCAUGUGCAUGGUUUUGAAAGUGCAGUUUAUAAACAGUUUACGUGUGCCUUAGGGAGUGCCUGAGGUCUUAUUUCUCUGCCUGAUCACCGAGGUUUUUGGGGCUGUCUCUCUCACACACAGCUCAUAUCCCACUCGGAGCUGGGCCUUCCGUAUUGUGAGUCUAAGGCCCCAUCUGUGCAUUUAAAGCAGUAUUAUGCCACUUCAAACAACCAUGGCUACCCCCAAAGCAAUCUGGGAACUGCUGCUAAGGGUGCUGAGAGUUCUUCGGAGAGGCCACUAUCCCCUUCACAGAGCAACCAUUCCCAGUGUUUCCUAUGGAGAGGGACAGUUUUUGUGUUUUUUAAAUUAUUUAUACUUUUCAGAUAUGUACAUUUCACUGAUUUUACAAUCAUUUUAACAUUUUAAAACUUGACUUCUUCCCCCCUCUUUCUGUGGUUCCUUAAAUUUAUUUUUAUUAUCUUUUGCAUAUCCAAAUUCACUUAACUUACCCAUUUAUUUGUAUUCUUUAAAUAUAUAAUCUUAUGUAACUGCAAGUUACAUAAUCCUGCCAGUUUUUUUAUCCGUUUACAAUUUAUCUGUAAAUAUUCAAUAAACCAUCUUGAUUUCUUAUUUUUCCAGUAAGUUUCUCUAUUUCUGCAUAUUCCAUAAGUGUUUGUAUCCAUUCUUCCUUUGCUGGGACUUCUGCUUCUUUCCAUUUUUUGACGAGUAGCAUUCUUGCUGCUCUAGUCGCAUACAUGAAUAAGUUUCUAUACAAUUUAGGUAGUUCUGUCCCUAUAAUUCCCAAAAGAAAAGCUUCUGGUUUUUUUUUUUUACAAAGGUUAUUUUGAACAUCCUUUUUAUUUUAUUGUAUAUCACCCAGUAAGCCUUAACCUUGCUGCAAGACCACCACAUAUGAUAAAAAGAACCUUCUUUAUCUUUACAUUUCCAACACUUACCGUAUUCUUCCGUGUAUAAGACGAUGCUUUUCGCUAUAUAAAAAAGGCAAAAAUUGGGUGUCGUCUUAUACAUGGAUCGUGAAUGCAGAGGGGGGAUGUGCGAUUAAUGGCAGCAGCAAGCAGAUUGGCAGUGAUGAUUGGGCGGGUGAUUGGUGGCUGCGGCAAGGCCUGCUGGCGAUUAGCGGUGGCGGUGACAAUUAGGCAGGCAAUUGGCGGCUACGGCAAGGUGUGCGAUCGGCAGUGGCUGUAGCAAGUGAUCGGGCAGGCAGGUGAGCGAUUGGCGGAAGUGACCUCCCCCACCCUACCCCAAAAAAGCUAAACAACUUAGUUUCUUAAUUUGGGGUUUAAGAAAAUAGGGGUUUUCUUAUACACAGAAAAAUACGGUAUUUGAUUUGGAUUUAUACAUUAAAAGGUUGAGAGGGAUUGAUAGUUAAGCCACUUUGCGAACUGUAGGUCUGCAAGGGAAAUAAGGGGUCCCUGAGCAUCUCUCAGCAGCCUAGCGAACUACAAGGUUUCAGAUCUGUUGGAAUUAAUGGACAUGACUAACUUAUGCCCAAGUUGCCUCUUGCAAGUACUUAUGUCUGUCCUGAACCUUCAAUGGAUGCGCCUAAAUUCUGGUAUGGCGAGAGAAGCUUUCUUUCUCCAUGCCUCGUAUAAUUUUUACACACCUGCACCGUGUCUCCUGGCCUUUAAAAGCCCCCGACUGUUACCACCUUUCAUCAUAUAGGCGGGUCUCUGCGUCCCCUUAAGGCUCUCCUCUUUGUUCCCCUUCCAGACGCUGCCGCCCCGAACCGCCCGGCUCCUGCCCUGUCCCCUGACACUUGCAUGGCGAUCCUGAGGACCAAGAAGAAGCGAAAAGGCGAGAGCGACAUGAUCGAGCGGCUGAUGAAGCACUCCUCCAUGGAGAACGCCCGGCUCCUGUCUGCCAUGGAGAAAGACAGCAAGGUUUUCUCGGAGUACGUCCAGCUCAUGAAAGAGGAGGACGCGCAGAUCAAGGAGGAGAGGAAAGCCUUCCUGAACUCCAUUGACAAUCUCGGCACCAUCUUGCAGAGCCUUGUCUCUGGCCUGAAUAAAAUCGGAGAGGCCCUGCUCAGGCCUGACCAAAGCCCGGCCCCCGGGUUCGCAGACAGCUUCUCCUCUCUAAACUCGCCCUCGGGCUGCGUGUCGCCGGUGCUUUGCAACGGAGAAAGCGCCCCUUCUCAGAGCACCCAUUUCCCCGGCUCGCUGGAGAGGGCGUCUCCGGAAACAUCGAGCCCCGCCAAGGAAUCGGUGUACAUUCCAGACUGCCAAGGGUAGCUGUGGCUAAAAGGCCAGGUGUGGACGACCCUUUUCGAGCCUCCCUUGUGGCUUAACCUUCCCCAGCCCCCGGGGCCUGCAUGCCAGAGGUGGGGGGAGCCGGUGCAAAAGGGGCAGAGCCGACGCAGAAAAAUAAUAACAGGCUGGUGUCACCUCUCACGCAUCUGCCCCCCAUUGAUACAGAAACACAGGGAAAUUAGAUCUGUCCCCCUAAGCUGGACUGCUUGUGGGUGGCGAUCUCUUGAGCCGCAGUUUUCAGGAUGCAAUCUUUACUCUACUGCAGAGCAAUGAGGCUUGAACUCAUGGCAGAAACGAAGAGUCUCCCCCCGUUCCUCCAGCCUGAGCGUUUUUGUCAGGGUGUGGGUUGCAGAGUAGGGGUGGGAUGUUAAAAAAAACCCUUCCAAAUCUCCCAGUUGCAACCGACCUGCAGCAAUGGAUUCGCCGUGCAUGGAGCCACUGGGAGGCGGGUUAAUGGGACCGAGGAUCAGACUGCUGGCCCCUCACCUCUGGCUCAAACCAGCAAGCUGCACUGCUCCCCGCUUGCGGUUUACCCAAGGUAUCCAGUCGCGUUAGACGUUUUGGGGAAGAGAGCUUUGGCAAAAUGCCCUUGGCGUCUCACACGGAAGUUGGCUGAGCCGUUUGGCAGCCUGAGAUUGCUUUUCGGCACCGAAACCAAAAUGAAUUCUACCGAAGUGCGGGGAGAUAUAACCUUCCUCCUCAGCCCGAUUGGCACUGGUCGCCUGAGGGGCUUGUGUGGUGCGCGGUUGAGAGGCAGGUGGCGUUGGUCUGUGGCCCCCGGAUGCCUAGCCAAGGCUGAAUGCGGCCCUGCGGACAGUAACUGUUUGCCGCCCCUGUUCCAAGUGCAUGUUCUUUACUGGGGUUUUUAAUAGCCUAAUGAGCGCAGCUGCAUUCAGAUGAAAUAAGCCAGAGUGAAGGAUUUCUUUUUGAAAAAAAAUAGAUCUCUGUCUCUAUAUAUAUUAUGCAUUUUUCUAACAACUCUAAUUUUAGCGCACACCUGAACCCAUUUAUAUUCUGUGUUUUGUGCAACAAAAGCAUAGGUUCCCUGAUUUAUAAAUAAUAAGCACCUUUCUGUCACCGCCCCCGGUUGUUUUAAAGAAGAUUUUUUAAUAAAAGAAAUGGUUCAAUAAAAGAAAUUACUCUUUUCGUCCGAACCGUCCUGCUUCUUAUAUUCACAGUUGGUAUAUUUUUUUACCUCAGCAUUUUCCCUUCAUGGUACGAUAGUUGCGCCUCCAAGUUCCUUAAAUUAUGAUUGACGGAAGGGAUACGGGUGUUAAGAUUUCUUAUCUGCCCUUUACCGUAAGGUCCCAGAAUGGGUUGCAGUAACAUAUACAGUUACAAAAACGAAUAAAAAUGGCGUCAACAGUGAGACUGUUCCAGAAUUAUCCUCUGUACUAGAGUGAGGAACUUUUCUCAGCCACAUAAUCUCCUGGACAUCUUUUUGGGAAGUGGGGAAUAUGCAAGUGGUGGGCAGGGAAAGAAGCAACAGCGUGAGGCACAAUAAGUGUAAAUUUCACCUUUGUACGGAAGUCUAGCUUCUCCACACACAAACAGUAACUUCCCACAAACAGCUCAGUGACCAUGCAGUUUACGGAUGCUCCCGCCGCCCCUGAUGUUUUACUUUAAUUAUUACUUUAGUAAUUUUUGAUGGCUUUUGACAGUUUUUUGAUUAAUAAUUCUAUUUUUGUUUUGUAAACCGUUUGAGGUUUUCACGAUAAUCGAGCAUUCUGUACGUUUCAUUAAAUAAAAUAAUAAAUAAAUCCAAAACAAAACGCAAGGCCCACAAUCCCUGCACAAAUAAUCCCUAGCUUGCAUACAUAAAUAGUCUGCACGGAUGUUAUCAGCCCAGAGAUGGAAAGAAGACGAAGUCCCUACCAGAGAAGAAUGGCAGAUCAAGUUGACGGAUUAUGCCGAAAUGGCCAGAAUGACCGGAAGAAUCAGAAAUCGGGAAGACCAAAAUUGUUAAUAAGGAACGGGGAAAAUUUAUGACUUACCUUAAAAACCAUUGUAAACAGUUAAAAUCGUUAGUAGGGUUGGAAUAUCACUUGUAGCUUAAUGAUGAAUAUUGGACACAAUAGAGAUGUAAAAGAUUUGUAUUACUAUAAAAGAUGCAGGAGGAAAGAUUAACAAUAGGACCCACAAAGGGGAGGUGGGAAGUCCCAAGAGAUUCCUUGGAAUCUUGUUUUUAUGUUGUAUGUUCAAUAUGUGACUGUAAAAUUUUAACUUGAAAAAACCAAAUAAAUAAUUUAAUAAUAAUAAUAAAUUUCAUUUAUAUCCCGCCCUACCCGGCCAGCGCUGGGCUCAGGGCAGCUAACACCAAUAAACUCAGAGUAAAAAACAUAAUGGGGGGGGGAGCAAUUUAAAAUACAGGUUAAAAUGCAAUUUAAAAUGCAGCCUCAUUUUAAUAGUAGGCCAUAGAUCAAAACCAUAAGGGGAGAGAAACAUAAGAGUCAGACUGAGUCCAAGCCAAAGGCCUGGUGGAACAGCUCUGUCUUGCAGGCCCUGCAGAAAGAUGUCAAGUCCCGCAGGGCCCUAGUCUCUUCUGACAGAGCGUUCCACCACGUCGGGGCUAGUACUGAAAAGGCCCUGGCCCUAGUUGAGACCAGGGACCUCCAAAAUUUUGUCAUUUGUGGACCUUAAGGUCCUCUGCGGGGCAUACCAGGAGAGGCGGUCCCGUAGGUGAGUCCUAGGCCGCAUUGGGCUUUAAAAGGAUUAGGAUUAGUCCUUCUGAAUACCAAUCGCUGGAAAUCGCAGAAGGGGGUGGGCUCCUGUGGACAAAUCCCACUUGUGGGUUUUGCUGGCCACUGUGGGAACAGGAAACUGGACCAGAUGGGCCAUUGGACUGAUCCUGCGGGCUCAUCCUACGAUCUCAAUAUGGGAAAAAGCAGGUAAGAAAUCAAGUCAACAACAUUUAGGAGCAUUUUAUAGACUCUCCUGUUCUCCCAGGCACUUGAUGGCUGAAAGAAACUGUUCCCUGAAAUUAUUAGCCGUGAGGAUAUCUGGCUCCUUAUAAAUGUUUUUAGCUCUACUUAGUGCUUAUUAUGGGACGCAGGUGGUGUUGUGGGUUAAACCACAGAGCCUAGAACUUGCCGAUCAGACAGUGAGCUCCCAUUGUUCGGUCCCUGCUCCUGCCAACCUAGCAAUUCGAAAGCACAUCAAAAUGCAAGUAGAUAAAUAGGUACCACUCUGGCAGGAUAGUAAACGGCAUUUCCAUGCGCUGCUCUGGUUCGCCAGAAGCGGCUUAGUCAUGCUAGCCACAUGACCUGGAAGCUGUACGCCGGCUCCCUUGGCCAGUAAAGCGAGAGGAGCGCUGCAACCCCAGAGUUGGCCACGACUGGACCUAAUGGUCAGGGGUCCCUUUACCUUUACCUUUAGUGCUUAUUAUAUAUUUUUAUUUGUGGUGUUCUGCUGGCCUGGCCUUCCGGUGGUGGUGGUGGGGUUUUUACAGGGUGGGAGGGAGAGGCAUAGAACUGCAAAUAAUAUUUUAACAAGUUUGCACACUGCGUCGCUUAAGAUAUCAACUUGUCUGAACUGCUUUCUUGGUGACUUUAUUAUGCCAACAGUCCUAAAUCCAUUAAAGCGAAACCAAAUUGAGAAAAAAAGUUAAAAGCCUAACUAAAAAUUAAAAACAGCUUUUUAAAAAAGCGGCAGAGAACUAUCAGGAACC